AUGGGCGAAGCUGUGUCAGAAGCGUACCAGCUGGGUGUCGAUGUUGGUGGGACUUUCACAGAUGUGUGUGUCUUCACGCCACAUGGGGAGACAGUGCGAGCCAAGGUUCCGACUGUUCAAGAAGACCAAAGUAUUGGUAUUAAGAACGGCAUCGACAAAGCUAGGGCGAUCCUGAAACGCAAAUUCGGCUUCGAGGGCUCAUUCGAAUUCAUACACCAUGGAACUACGACUGCCACCAACGCUAUCCUGGAGAACAAGGGUGCUAGGACUGGCCUCAUUGUCACUCAAGGCCACAAGGACAUCCUCGCCAUCAGACGCUCGCAGAUCCCUGGUCACUUGGGAGCAUGGCUUAUGUACAACCCCCCAGAACCAGUCGUAUCUUUGCAAAGGACCGUACAAUGCAAGGAGAGGAUGUCAGUCUAUGGGGAGUCGGUAGAGCCGGUCGAUGUUGAGCAGCUCAAGAAGGACCUGGUUGACCUCAAACGACAGAAGCCAGAAGCAAUUGCCGUUUCAUUGUUGAACUCGUACACGAGCGGAGAACAUGAGAAGGUUGUUGCGAAGGUACUGAGAGAGGAAUUUGGCCCUGACAUCGACAUCGUCUGCUCCAGUGAUGUGCUCAGAGAGGCUGGCGAGUACGAGAGGUCUGUGACGACCGCAGCAAACUCCCUCGUCAUGCCACUUGUCAAGAAGUAUCUGGGAAAUCUAUCGUCGACUUUGAAGGAAGAUUCAGAAACGAUAAGGAUUCUAAAAAGUGACGGUGGCCUGACAAGUCUGGACGUCGCCGGCCAAUUCCCAGUCAGCAUCCUGAUGUCUGGUCCAGCAGGUGGCGUCAAGGGCGUGGCAGAUGCGAUAUGCCAACACACGUCUUACAAGAAUCUAAUCACCUUGGAUAUGGGCGGCACGAGCACUGAUUGUGCUGUUAUUCAUGCCGGUGAUCCGAGACUACGCCGUGAGACUAUCGUUGAAGAGCUCCGAGUGCGAUCUCCAGCUAUCGACGUGAAGACUGUUGGGGCCGGUGGUGGAUCUAUUGCCACUUACAUGGACUUGACGGAAACGUUGCGCGUCGGACCCGAAAGCGCUGGUGCCAAUCCUGGUCCAGCAUGCUAUGGCAAAGGUGGCGAACGAGCGACUGUGACGGAUGCUAACCUGGUUCUGGGACGCCUUCCAGAAACCCUCCUUGGCGGCGAGUUCAAGCUUGACGUCGAAGCUGCCCGAGCGGCGGUGGGCAAGGUCGCGAAGCAAAUGGGUAUCUCUAUGGAGCAGGCUGCUGAAGAUAUCAUCAACAUUGUCAAUGAAACCAUGUAUGGCGCUGUCAGAGUCGUGUCUGUUGAGCAGGGCUACGAUCCUCGCGACCAUGCGUUCGUGGCAUUUGGUGGAGCUGGACCUAUGCACGGCAACGCUGUCGGCGAGCUGUUGGGAGCUUUCCCAGUCAUCAUUCCACCAAGUCCUGGUGUUCUGUGUGCACAAGGAGAUGCCACUACCAAGCUGAGCCACGACACGUCCGAAUCUUACAUCAAAUUGCUUUCUAACACAGAUAUUGAGGAAGUAAAACAGAGGUACAAGUCGAUGCAGCAAAAUGGCGUCGAUUUCAUGCGCGAGUCCAUGCCAGGUCGGAAGGAUCUCGAGCUGGAAACGGUCUACCAAGCCGACCUGCGAUACAAAGGACAGGCGCUGACAUUGACUGUCGAUCUGACUGAGGAAGACAUCAGUUCCAGCAGCGAUGACUUGAAAAAUCUCCUGCGAAAACGAUUUGACGCUCAGCACGAACAACAGUUCACCUACUGCUUGACGAACUUUGAGUUGGAAAUCAUGCGACUAGGCGCGCUUGUGAAAGACAACUCCGCAGAUAUGCCCAUCCCGCGUGUACAAAAGGCUGGCGGCAGCGAACCACCGGCGGAUGCCUUGACUCAGAAGUCAAGCAUCAUUGUUGGGGGCAAGAAACUAGAAGCGAACUUCUGGGACCGUACGAAGAUCACUCAAGAGGGCAUCAAAAUCGAAGGUCCUGCUAUUGUGACUGAGAUGGACUCGAACACACUCAUUUUGCCUGGUUACGUUGGCGAGAUUGAUGCCAUCGGCAACAUCGUCAUCAACCCGCUUGAGAAGAAGAAGCGCGAGGCGCCGAACCUAGAUACUGCGGCAGCAAAAGCCCUGGUCAAGGACGUCCCGCUCAUUCCGACACUAAUCGCGUCGACCCUGGCAUCAAUUCGAUCAGAAAUGGACACUAUGAUGUUAAGGACUGCGAUGUCUCCAGCAAUUCGUGAACAGCAGGACGAAUUCAAUGUUAUCACGAAUCCCGAAGGUAAGAUGUUGGUUGGCCAAUUCGGCUCCUUCAUUGGGCAAUUUCUCGAUGCUUGGGGUGACAAACCGGUCGAAGAAGGUGACGUGUAUGUCACGAACGACGUCUAUCAAAUCAAAGGCGCUGUCUCACACUUGAACGAUGUGAUCGUUCUAUUCCCGAUCUUUUACAAGCACAAGUUAGCUGGUUGGUCCAGCCAAUUCGGCCAUCUGACCGAUGUUGGCGGUAAGGUUGCGGGCUCGAUGUCGAUCGAAGCAAACAGUAUCUUCGAUGAUGGUGUGCAGAUCCCUUGUGUGAAGCUCUAUAGCAAGGGAGUCAUGAAUGAGGAUCUCGUCGAACUGCUGUGCCGGAACUCUCGGAUGCCAGACUGGUAUCGCAGCGACUUGACAGCCAUUGUUGCAACCACGAGAACAGCAGCUGGUCGUGUGGUCGAGCUGAUCGAUCGGUUCGGAAUCGAGCUCUACAAAGCUUCGUGCGAUGAAUUACUGCACCGCAAUCGUGUGGCCAUGUCCAAGAUCAUCGACGCAACAUUCACGAGCGAAAAGGGUACAUUCACCGAUUUCGUUGACGAUGAUGGCCACGGAGUCGGACCAUGGGCCGUGACAUGUACUCUCCACCGUACAGACGAGGGCAAAUUAAGAUGGGACUGGACUGGCACAUCUCCACAAUCCGAUCACUCGAUCAAUUACUACUUCAGCGAAGUCAUGUUCAAAAUGUUCAUCGGCUACUACUUGAUCGCUGCAGCAGCCCCAGGUACUGUUAUCAAUGAUGGCUUCCACGACUUGAUCGAGGUUUACAUACCUGAGGGAUCGCUACUGAAGCCAGUGCGCCCAGCUCCAGUAUCAUGUCGCACGCACUUCCUCGGACGGACGCUAGACGUCAUCCAAGCACUCAUCGGCCAGCGAAGUGAUGGCUACAAGACUGCUGCUGGCUUCAGCGACUCUCCUCACUUCUACUACUCGGGCUUCAAAGAAGAUGGUGAAUGGUUUCUACUGUACCAGAUCGGAUUCGGUGGCGUACCUGCUCGUCCGGCAGGAGAUGGUCCCGAUUGCCAUUGCCUGUGGCCCGCCAUCAAAUCGAUUCCCACUGAAAGCAUCGAGCUCAACUAUCCCUUACGCAUUGAAGCCAACGAGAGCAUGGCAGACAGUGGGGGUGCAGGUCAAUUCCGUGGAGGAAAUGCUCAACGGACGCUUUAUCGCUUCUUGGCCAAGGGCGAAUUCUCGCUGCACGAUGACAGAUGGUUCACUAAGCCUUGGGGCAUCAAAGGCGGCCAGCCGGGCAUGCGGUCUCGCAAGAUCUUCUAUGAGUACUCCAAAUCCUCAAACCCGACGCCACGUUCAUUGCCUUCGAAAUGCGACCAUAUCAAAGUGGCGCCCGGCGAUCUUCUCGAAUGGGUGACUUGGGGUGGUGGCGGCUUCGGUGACCCACUGGUCCGUCCUGCGGAGAAGGUCGCGCUCGAAGUGCACCAGAAGCUCGUGACCUAUGAAGGUGCGAAGAAAAACUAUGGCGUUGUCGUCGACAUAACAGAUUUUUCAGUCAAGGAAGCGGAAACGGAGAAGCUGCGAGCCGAGAUCAAAGCCAAGCGAGGCGAUGUACCGGCAUACAACAGAGGUGGCGACUUGAAGACAUUGCAGGAGAAUUGCCUGGAGGAGACUGGUCUGGAACCACCGAAGCGUCCUUGGGAGUUUGAGCCUUAUGGACCACACACUGGGCUACAGUACGUGCGGGACUGGUAUAAGCAAAAGCGAGAGGAAAAUGGCUGGAAGGGUAUAUAG